AUGGCAAGUCCCUCCUCCUCCGCAGCAGAUCCAGCUCAACACAAAUACCUCCAAUGCCUAACGAACCAUUCAUCCACUCCAAUCUCUCAAGCAAUAUACUUCCCCACCGACCCUCUCUACACCUCCACUCUCGAAUCCAACAUUCGCAACCUCGUUUACGCCUCCGAUUCCACCCCGCGCCCACUCUUCAUCGUCGCCGCGACCCACGUCUCCCACAUCCAAUCCACCAUCCUCUGCUGCAAAGCCCACGGCCUCCAGCUCCGAAUCCGCAGCGGCGGCCAUGAUUUCGACGGCCUCUCCUACGUCUCACCCUCCCCCUUCGUCCUCCUCGAUCUGUUCAAUCUCCGGUCAGUUACCAUCGAUGUCGAAUCCGAGACAGCCUGGGUCAAUUCCGGCGCAACUCUCGGCGAGCUCUACCACGAGAUCGCCGGGAAUAGCAAGAUCCUUGGGUUCCCCGGUGGGGUUUGCCCCACCGUCGGCGUCGGCGGGUUUCUCAGUGGAGGGGGGUACGGCAACUUGAUGCGAAAACACGGAUUGUCGGUGGAUAAUGUUGUUGACGCGAUCAUCGUCGAUUCCGAUGGGAGGGUUUUGGAUCGGGAAGCUAUGGGGGAGGAUCUUUUCUGGGCGAUUAACGGCGGCGGCGGCGCGAGCUUUGGGGUUAUCGUCUCCUGGAAGAUUAGGUUAGUCCCUGUCCCCGAAACCGUCACCGUUUUCAGAGUCGAAAGGACGUUGGAGCAAGGAGCAUCCGACGUUGUUCACAAAUGGCAGCUCAUCGCCGAUAAACUGCACGAAGAUCUGUUCAUCAGGGUCGUGUUAAUCCCGGUUCCGAUAACCAGCGGCGAUGAAGAGAAAUUCACGAUAAAGGCAAAAUUCAAUGCUCUGUUUCUGGGGAAAACAGAGAGGCUGAUGGGUUUAAUGGACCACGAGUUUCCUGAACUGGGUUUGUCUCCGGCGGACUGUCUGGAGAUGAGCUGGAUUGAAUCGGUGCUUUUUUGGUCCAAUUAUCCACCUGAAACGUCGACAGAGGUUCUCCGGGAUAGACAUCCGAAGCCGGAGAAAUUCGUGAAGAAGAAAUCGGAUUACGUGCAGGAGCCAAUUUCCAAGGAGGGUUUGGAAGCGAUGUGGGAUAAGAUGAUUCAGCUCCGGAAACCCAUCCUCACAUUCAACCCUUACGGCGGCAGAAUGGGGCAGAUUUCAGAAAAGGACACUCCUUUCCCACACAGAGCAGGGAACUUGUACAAGAUUCAGUACUCUGUGACAUGGAAAGAGGAAGGGACGGAAGCAAGGCAGGAGAAUCUGGGGAGAAUGACGAGUAUGUACGAAUUUAUGACGCCGUUCGUAUCGAAAUCGCCGAGGUGUUCGUAUCUGAAUUACAGGGACGUGGAUUUGGGGGUGAAUGGGGAUUUGGACAUCGGCACCGUGAAGCGCGGUAGUAAGAACAGCUACGCCGAAGGGAAGGUGUACGGCGAUAAGUAUUUUGAUGGGAAUUUCGAGAGGCUGGUGAAGGUGAAAACUGCUGUCGAUCCUAACUAUUUCUUUUGGAAUGAACAGAGCGUCCCUGUGCUUCCAGGUAAGGUGGAGCUCUAA